AUGGCAGAGUUUAGUGGAAGUGAGGUUGUCACGAAUACCUUCCAAGCAGUUCUCAUCACUGACGGCUCAGCCUCCUAUGCCGUGUUCAUCUACCAGUGCGGAGAAUUGCGGUGGGGUGGAGCUACCAUUGGCUGGGCUUACUCCAGAUCCAUCUAUGAGAAAAACAGUGACAGUGGAAUCGAUUCCACCAGCAUAGCCUGUGUACACAACUCCACUGCUAUUGUUUAUCGACUUGAUCGUGAAACUGUUCCUGCUAAUCCUUUGCCCUCCGGAAGGUGUCAUUCAAACAGCUCCAAUUAUGUAGGCUAUAGCGACUGCAGGAACAAAGGAGGAAUAGACGGCGAGACUGUUAUUGCUCUAUUUACCACCUUCACUGUGGUGGAACUCCUCGUGUUUGCCGUUGUGGCA